AUGGGAACAACCUCUGUCCGCCGCAAUCUCUUCCACCACCACAUUAGCAAACGCGCUGGCUCAACUGGCCCCGCAGGUUCCUCUGCACAGGGCAAAAGUAGCAACGGACCCUCUGGUCUAUCGUCACAACUGCUGCAGUCCGCGUCGUCUGAUGCAUCUACAUCUUUGAGCUCCGGAUCUAUCGACAACGGGGAAAUCGUGGUUAAGGACAAGAACGGCAGCUACAAGCUUGAUGUCCCUGUACUCCCCCCCUUGGUUGGUGAAGAUGGUGAGGAAAUGGAGGGUAUAGAAAGUGUGGGUGCCGGGGAUGGUGCUGGUGCAGCAGGGGACAAUUUAACUGCGCAGGAGAAGGAAAAAAUUCUUAAUCGUAUACACCAGAGCCUUCGCAAUAAGGUCGCCGCCCUGGAGGAAGAUAACUGGAUGUACGAGGCUGAAGUCGACUCGAGGGCCUAA